AGUAGGCACCAUGUUGUGCCAUGAGAUCUUACUCUCCUAGUUCAGUUCUCCAAUUUCUUACAACAAUGGAUUUGUGUUCUGUAUUUAUAUGCAUAGACUGAGUUUCGAGGGUACACAAUAAAAUCUUGUUAUAUACCCCGUAACAAACAAUAACUAGAUUAUGGUGCCUAGAUUUACAUAGUAAUUCACCGAAUAGGUAAAUUAAAAUGCCUAAAACAUUUGGCAUCUAACAAUUUCUUUUUUUAAUUAUAUUUUCAAAAUAGACAUUUAGCAAUUUUGUUUUAUUUUGCUGCCUUCUUUGCCAUGUCUAAUACAUCCGGUCCAAUUUUGUCAUUAUCAUCUUUUCUUUAUCAGCUCCAUACGUGUCCUUCGGUUUUAGGAUAGUGUUCUACCAUUUAAUUACUCUUUGACCUAAUGUUGCCCCCUGGAUGUCUUCAUCUUGCAGAAACAAAAGCUGCUCAAUGCUUGUCCUUUGGAAUUUGGCAUUGUGAAGAGAUUUUUGAAAUAUAUAUUGGAUCGUGAGUUACCGUGAUGAGUUUGGGAGCCCAAGAUGAAAAUACUAUGAGGAUAGCGAAGAAGAACUUGGAUGUAACAGUGGCUAAAAUUUCGGCAUACAACUCAAGUCUCGUUGUGAUAGAUGAUGCUAGUGAUGAUGAUAAUGAUGAUGAUAAUGAUGAGACUUCUUUGCCAGAGAUGCCGACAUUGGAUCCCCUUCGAAAGAAAGGAAAGGGAACUACUUAUGGAAGGCUUAAAAGCUCGAGUGAGAAAAAGAAGAAAAAAUAUAAGAAAGGAACACCCCAAAAUCUAAUAGAAAGUCGAGAGUUGGCUGUCCAAGCAACGGAGGAUGUGACUAAUUUACCAGAUUAUUCAAGAUAUUCAAAUCAGACUCGAAAUACCUUGCGUCCUAACAACAUUGGUGGUCCUAUAGUAAAUCUCAAUCUCCAUAAUCAGAUGCAACCACCAUACAUUAUGCCGACAGGGAUUAUGAAUGGAUUUUCCUCAUUCACUAGUCAGAUGCAACGACCAUAUAUCAUGCCGCCAGGGGUUGUAAAUGGAUUUUCCCCAUUCACUAGUCAGAUGUUGGAGUACCAUAAUAGAUCCCAUGGAAACAUUUUGAGUCAGGGGCCAUCAAAUUUUUUUCCACAUCCUAGGAUGCAUGAAUUGAACGAUUAUGAAGGCAUAGACAAUGCACGGUCGCAUGACAAUUCGUCGGAAGGCGGAAGAUAGCGGGAUGGAAUGUAGCAUCUAUAUGUUCCACAGGUACCUUGACACGGUUGGAAUGAAGAAGUCUAAAGCAUAUCUUAUCAACGGUGUUGUCAUAUUCUUAUCUUGGCUGGUUGCCAGAAUUCUCCUAUUUGUCUACAUGUUUUACCAUGUCUACUUGCACUUACAUCAGGUCAACGAGAUGCGUGUGUCUGGGAAAUUCUUGGUGUUUGGUGCACCAUUGGCGCUAACUGUGAUGAACUUAUUGUGGUUCGAAAAGAUCAUCAAGGGAUUGAAGAAGACUAUAGCAAAGAGGCAGUAAAAGGUGUAUAAGGUAUUUUGCAGGUCUAGCCAUUAGAGAGAAAUAGUUGAUCCACUCAUAUCUGGCUUUCCCUUGUGUAAAAAAGUGAGAGGGAAAGAUAGAAAAGUUCAGGACCCCUUAGGUUAUAGAUGGAGAAAUUCGGAUAAUGGACUUGCUUGUAACAGCAUCUUCGGUGUCUGAAGUUUAAUCAUUUGGUUGCAUCACGAGCUCCACUUCUGAAUUAGAUGUAUAUAGUGUGAAGUACUUAUUUAUUUGGAUUUGAAUGGAGAUGAAGUUGCUGGAGAUCAAUGCAAUUACUAGUGAGUUCUUUUGCCUGAA